UCACGCCCCGCCACGUGCGUCAGAUGCGGGCGAGCUGUUCUCUCCUCUGGAUCUGCGUCAUCAGCUGCGCAUCUUUCCAUCCCACUUGUGCCUCAGCCCCUUUCGACUUCCUGGGAACCUGCCUCUUCCCUUACGGGUACAUCUUCAACGACACCAAGGUGGGCGGCCUGUCGGGCCUGGCAUACCGGCCCGACACGGACCGUUUCUACGCCAUCCCCGACGAGCGCCAUGACCCUCAUUUCCACCGCAUCGCCAUUGACGUACACAACGGCAAACUGGAGGAUGGACGAGUCACGUUCGACCAGGUGGUGCGGCUCGGCGAGAGCGCCAUCGGUGCAUCUGGGCAGCAUUUCGAUCCUGAGGGUAUUGGCUGGCUUGGCGACCGGCUGGCGGUGUCGACUGAGCCGCACUAUGUGAGGGAUCUGUCGUCGCCUCUGCAGUGGGUGCAGGGGCGGAUUAUCGAGGUGGACGAGGGCGGAGAGUGGCUGGACGACCUCACGUUGCCGCACUUGCUCACCAGCACAGGGGAGGGUGGCCCUGGCAACAAUCUGGGCUUCGAAGGCCUGUCGGUACCCCGGCCCUUAUCAUCCACCAACACGACCAACACGACCUCCGGACACCCGCAGCAAGACAGCCCUUACCGCUCUAUCUGGGCGUGUCCCGAGUCAGCUCUGGUCCAGGACGCAGUGGCGCAAGGCAGCGAGGCCUCCCUGCCCCAAAGCGCCCUGGCGGCCCUCUCGCACACGGCCAGCGGUGCCGACUAUAAGGAUGGGGACGUCCGCACUGCAGUCCGGCUGAUGGAGUUCCGACAGCGGGACGACGGCGCAGGAGGAGAGUGGCAACUGAAUGGCAUGUGGCGGUACGACGUGUCGGCGGCGUCUGAGCUGAAGAUGCCAUCCGACGACAGGGUGAUGCUGCAGGGCGUGACCGAGGUUGAGGUGCUCAUGCCACCGGAGGGAGAAGGGGAGGGGGACGGGAGGCGGCCGAUUGUCAUGGUGCUUGAGCGGGCCUACACGCGACGGUGGAAGGCGGACGAGGACGGCGAGGAGCAGGGGAGGUACGGCAUCCACCUGUACGCCGUCAUGCCGCCGCUGCAGAGGGAGGGCAGGAGCAUUGCCGACUGCUGGAGCCUGCUGCAGGACUGCUAUGACGUCCCCGCACUGACCAAAGUGCACCUGAUUGACUUCCAGACAGACCUCGCCGACAAACAUGGUGUUGAGGUGAGUGAACCACAAACCCACAGAGAGAGAGCGUCGGGGGCUGGCUGGCCACGGCAUCCAUCGUACCUACCUUGUGUGUGGUCAGCUGGACAACUAUGAAGGGAUGGCGCUGGGGCCCGUUCUGCCCGACGGUCGGCGGACUCUGGUGCUGGUCAACGACGACAACUUCAACCCCAAGCAGAUCGGCACGCAAUUCAUCGCACUCGCGUUCAGCCUGGAGGACAUGUACGAGUACGUCGAGAGUGAGAUCAAAAACAAGGCCAUCUAAUCUAGCCGGGCAGGCAGCGAAGAGAAGGAAGGUGCCCACUGACUGACAGCGAAUGAAUGUGAUGCGAUGUGAUGUGAUGUGAAGUGGCAAAUAAUGUGCAUAUAGCUAACAGGAUGGAUGCGAUAUAUGCGUGAUGAAUGAGAUUUUGGUAGGGGAGGGAGGUGUUUUGUCUGUGUUGUGUCUG